CACUUUUCCUAGAGACAACACCGCGCCCCUCCUUGCUAUCUCCCGACCGUCCACUUGUUUGAUUCCGUCAAGAUGGCUACUACUGCGCCCCCCAGCAGUAACGCCGGCAACAAUGCCUUCAAGGACAAGGAGAAGCCCCAGGCGGUGCGCACGGCGAACAUUGUUGCGGCGAGAGCCGUCGCCGACGCCAUUCGGACAUCGCUCGGCCCUAGGGGUAUGGACAAGAUGAUCCAAACUGGCAAGGGCGAGACCAUCAUUACGAACGACGGCAACACCAUGCUGCGGGAUAUGAGUGUCUUGCACCCGGCCGCCAGGAUGCUGGUCGAUCUGGCCAAUGCCCAGGAUAUCGAAGCCGGUGACGGCACGACGUCGGUUGUUGUCAUUGCGGGCAGUUUGCUCGGUGCCGCGGAGCGGUUACUGGCAAAGGGUAUCCACCCCACCGUGAUCUCGGAGUCCUUCCAGCGUGCCGCCGCUGCGGCAGUUCAGACUCUUCACGACAUGUCCCUUCCCAUCGAUCUCGCCGACCGUACUACCCUUCUCAAGGCCGCUUCUACUUCGCUUUCCUCCAAGAUUGUUGCCCAGGAGCCUAAGCUGGCGCACAUGGCCGUGGACUCUGUCCUCAAGGUCAUUGACCCCAAGACCGCCGACAACGUCGACUUGAAGAACAUUAGGAUUCUGAAGAAGCCCGGCGGUACCAUAGAUGAGAGCGAGAUGGUGGACGGUUUGGUGAUGCAGCAGCAGGUCGUGAAGAGCGGUGGCGGCCCUACGAGGAAAGAGAAGGCGCGGAUAGGCCUGAUCCAGUUCCAGCUCAGCCCCCCCAAGCCCGACAUGGAGAACCAGAUUGUCGUCAACGACUACAGGCAGAUGGAUAAGAUCUUGAAGGAGGAGCGGACGUACCUGCUGAACAUGGUCAAGAAGAUCAAGAAGGCGAAGUGUAACGUUCUCUUCAUCCAGAAGUCUAUCUUGCGCGAUGCCGUCAACGACCUUUCCCUGCACUUCCUGGCCAAGUUGGACAUCCUUGUCAUCAAGGAUGUCGAGCGCCACGAGAUUGAGUUCAUUACCAAGAGCACCGGCUGCAAGCCGAUUGCCGACAUUGACUCUUUCACCGAGGACAAGCUUGGUUCCGCGGACCUGAUUGAGGAGGUGCAAUCUUCGGGCGCGAGGAUAGUCAAGGUUACUGGUGUUAAGGCCGCGGCACAGACCGUCUCCAUCGUCUGCAGAGGAGCAAACUCACUCAUCUUGGAUGAGGCCGAGCGCUCUCUGCACGACGCGCACUGUGUCAUCAGGUGUCUCGUCAAGAAGAAGGCUAUGUUGGCUGGUGGUGGCGCGCCCGAAAUCGAGAUUGCUCAGGCCCUCUCGCAAAAGUCGCGCGAGCUCACUGGCACUGAGGCGAUCUGCUGGAAGGCGUUCGCCGACGCCAUGGAGGUCAUUCCCAACACCCUCGCCGAGAACGCUGGUCUCAACUCCAUCAAGGUCGUCACCGAGUUGAGGCACAGGCAUGCUCUCGGCGAGAAGAACGCCGGCAUCAGCAUCAAGAGUGGUGGUGUUAAGGACAAUAUUGCCGAGGAGAAUGUGCUGCAGCCGCUGCUCGUCAGCACCAGCGCCCUCGAGCUGGCGGCUGAGACCGUUAAGAUGUUGUUGAGAAUCGACGAUAUCGCUCUUAGCCGUUAAAGAAACGGUGAGUGUGCGAAUGGAUAGUUGCUGAAACUGAAAAGUAACGUUGAAUGUCCAUAGACGAAAAGAAUCAAGAAUGACUUC